UUGGCAGGCAGAUUCUCAACCACUGCGCCACCAGGGAAGCCCCAUCAGCCUUUUUAAAGAGAACGAGCUGGCUGAGUGGGUCUAGGAAGUAUAUCUACCGAUUAGAAAACAUGAAACACUCUUCUAAAUGUUCACAGUGUUUCAAAGAAAUGUGUUAAGUUACCAUGUACAAUUUGUAUAUUAAGGACUCGUUUUCACUGAUUAAUAAGCACAGGAGGGGAAAUGAUUUUUAAGAAAAGCUUCAGCGGCCAUCGAGAUGGUAACAUUAAUUUCCCUUGCCAACAAAUGUUUGAAAAAGUUAAGACUCAGCAAGUAUAGAACAAGCUGAGUCCUUCAGACAAGAAGAAAUGAGCAAUAUACCAUCGACCUCAACCACGAGGUGGUGGCGAGGCAGAUUCAAUUAACUGAUAGACACCAUUUUUGCUGAUCUUUAUAUUUCUUUUCAUGUCAUUUUUUUUUUUUUUUCCAUAAAGGCGAUUCAUAAAAGUGAUGCGACUGGCUUGGGGGUGAGGGAGGAAGCGUUCCAUGCAAGGGCGGUAGCACAGGGUGAAGAAAGCACGCCUGCUGGGUGACUCCAGGCUUCAGGAGAUCUUAGCAGAGGAGGGAAGGGAGCCUGCAGGCAGGCUGGGGGCACAGUCCAGGCCCACCAACACCCAUGGCAUCCAGCUUCUGGAAUGUCCUGCCUCAGAAUGCAUUCACCCAAAGGAGAAAAACUGGCUUCCACUGUAGUUGCAGAGGAACAUCUGUGGGUGGGCACGGGGUACAUUUCGCCUGAAGCUGUGGGACAGGGCUUGAGGGUGAGCGGGAAGCAAGCUAUUUAUUUGGGGUGGCAUCGGGCUGUCCCCUCCCCUCCUUGCCAGGGGCCUCUUUGCCCUCCUGGCAUGAUGCGUACCCCACCCCAUCUGGUGGCCACAGCCCCUGGACCCCCUUCCAACUCGGAGGAGGGACCCCUCAGCCCUUGGGCCUCCCCGCUGCACCCCUACCAAGGCUUGCCUCUCCCAGGCAGGGAGUCUGUGGGGAGGUGCCCUCGGGUGGUGGAGCUGGCAGCCUUGGAGCGCCCUGGCCCUGACUUCCACCAGGGACAGCCCGAGGGAAACAGCGCAGAGGCGAGAGGGCUUGUUCUUCUCCCGCAUGAAGUCCUUGGUGGAGACCGUAGCACAGGGGCUUGCAGGCAGCCACAGCAGAGAACCACAGACUGAGUGGCUUCAACAACGGACACUCGUGGUCUCACAGCUCUGGAGGGUGGAAGUCUAAGGCCAAGCAGUCGCAGGGUUGGUUUCUCCUGAGGCCUCUCUCCUUGGCGUGUAGACAGCCGUCUUCUCCCUGCGUCCUCACUUGGCCUUCCGUUUUUGUCUGUGUCCUAAUCUCCUCUUAUUUAGACACAGCCAUAUUGGAUCAGGGCCCAUUCCAAUGACCUCAUUUUAACUUUACCUCUAAAAAUCCUAUCUCCAAAUACAGUCACAUUCUGAGGUCCUGGGGGUUAAGGCUUCAACCUAGGAACUUGGUGGGGGGAACACGAUUCAGCCCAUAACACAGGUCCCAGCUCUUGUGCCAAAUCGGCUCCUUUCUGUGGCCCUGAGCUCUGCAGAUUCCUCACCCGUACCUGGGACUUUCCUCUCUGCUGUUGAGCUGCUGCUAAGCGAUCAUAAACAACAGCAUCUCCACUAGGUGGGAUCUCCCUGUGGGGAGCACAUGGCUACCACUCCCCCUCAGCACACAACCUUGCAGUUGGGGAGUGUGAUCACGCACACACAAACAUGCACACGCACACACACAUGCACCUGGCAGCUGGAGAAGAUCCUGGUUUGGGGGACACAGGUGUCCCCCAACCCCCAUUCCAGAACUUCUUCUGUGUGUAUCUGACCCCAAGCUCCGAUCCUCCAGCCCGGCCUCGCCUCCAAAACCCUGGAGCUGUUGCUCACGCUUCCCGCUAGACCCCAGCUCUUGGCUUGGAGAGAUCGAAUGCCAAGAUGCUCAGUGACUGAUUAAUCUGUUCAUUGCACAAACGUGCCUCAGAGGCUGGUGCGGUGCCAGGCACUGAGCCAAGGGGUGGUGACGUGGACAGGGACGUCCCAAGGAGCCUGCCACCGAAAGCUCAACGCUGGGGGCAGAUGCAAGAGCUUGAAACCUUUUCCAGCGCUGAUGGUGUCCCGGGGCUCCUCAGAUGUCUGCUCUAACCUUUAUGUCCACCCAGAGAAUUAGGCAAAAGUGCCACCACUUUAUUGGAGAGAAAACCGAGCUUCACAGAGGUUAACCGGCAAGGCAUGGAAGAGGAACCCAGGUCUGCCUGCCUUAAGGCCUGGGGAAGGAAGACCUCAGCUAGAAGACUGCCUGGUCCGAGUGUCACUCGUCCGCGCCCCCCAUACGCCGUCCCCCGCGCCCCCGUGCUACAGCCACCAGCAUCCCGUUCUAUAGCGAUGGGCAGCCUGGUGCAUCCCUCCCCCAGCUCUGACAAAUGAACUAACACGCGGGCCCCCACGUCACAGCCUCCCCUGACCUGCGGCAUUAAGGACCCAGUUUCGAGGCCGGGGGUCCUCCGGCUCCAGAAUGCCUGUACUUGGUGUCAGAGCUCAACAGCUUUCGGGAAGAGAGCAGCCGCCUUGUAAAUGCUGCCUGCCCACCCUGCGGCCUGAGAGGAGCCCCGGGGCAGGGGGCAGGCCAAACUGCUGUUUGUCUGGGCGGAGCCUGUUGUCACACUGUUUAUCCACCUCUGCCGGGGCCCCAAGCCCCUCUGUGUGCUGCAGCUGCAGAGUCGGCCCUGAGCUCCCGCGGUCACCGUCACCGCACUGCUGGUUCCAGCUCCCCGCUCCGCCUGGCCUCCGCGCCCCGCUGCCCUGUGCUCUGCUCCACGAGGAGGCCGGAGUCCGCCAAGGCCACUGACCCACCGCUGGAGCCAUGGUCCAUGGGUACAAAGGAGUCAAAUUCCAAAACUGGGCGAGGACCUAUGGCUGUUACCCAGAGAUGUACUACCAGCCCACGUCCGUGGAGGAGAUCAGAGAGGUGCUGGCCCUGGCCAGGCAGCAGAACAAGCGGGUGAAGGUGGUGGGCGGUGGCCACUCACCUUCAGACAUUGCCUGCACCGACGGCUUCAUGAUCCACAUGGGCAAGAUGAACCGCGUCCUCAAGGUGGACAUGGAGAAGAAGCAGGUGACCGUGGAGGCCGGCAUCCUCCUGGCUGACCUGCACCCACAGCUGGACAAGCACGGCCUGGCCUUGUCCAACCUGGGAGCCGUGUCAGACGUGACUGCAGCUGGCGUCAUCGGGUCCGGAACACACAACACGGGGAUCAAGCACGGCAUCCUAGCCACCCAGGUGGUGGCACUGACCCUCCUGACGGCCGACGGGACCAUUCUCUUGUGCUCUGAGUCCAGCAACGCAGAGGUGUUCCAGGCGGCACGGGUGCACCUGGGCAGCCUUGGAGUCGUCCUCACCAUCACCCUGCAGUGCGUGCCCCAGUUCUACUUGCAGGAGACUUCCUUUCCCUCAACCUUGACAGAGGUUCUUGACAACCUGGACAGCCACCUGAAAAAAUCCGAAUACUUCCGCUUCCUCUGGUUCCCGCACAGCGAGAACGUCAGCGUCAUCUACCAGGACCACACCAACAAGCCUCCUUCCUCUUCGGCCAACUGGUUUUGGGACUAUGCUGUUGGAUUCUAUUUACUGGAGUUCCUGCUCUGGAUCAGCACCUUCCUCCCAGGCCUCGUGGGCUGGAUCAACCGCUUUUUCUUCUGGCUCCUGUUCAAUGGGAAGAAGGAAAACUGCAACCGCAGCCACAAGAUCUUCACCUACGAGUGCCGCUUCAAGCAACACGUGCAGGACUGGGCCAUCCCCAGAGAGAAGACCAAGGAGGCCCUGCUGGAGCUGAAGGCCAUGCUGGAGGCGCACCCCAAGGUGGUGGCCCACUACCCCGUGGAGGUGCGCUUCACCCGAGGGGACGACAUCCUGCUGAGCCCCUGCUUCCAGCGCGACAGUUGCUACAUGAACAUCAUCAUGUACAGGCCCUACGGCAAGGACGUGCCGCGGCUGGACUACUGGCUGGCCUACGAGACCAUCAUGAAGAAGGUGGGGGGCAGGCCCCACUGGGCCAAGGCCCACAACUGCACCCGGAAGGACUUCGAGAAAAUGUAUCCUGCCUUUCCGAAGUUCUGUGCCAUCCGAGAAAAGCUGGACCCCUCGGGGAUGUUCCUGAAUGCGUAUCUGGAGAAGGUGUUCUACUGAAGCACAAACAGAAAACAAGUCGAGCCCACCCCAUCCCAUUCCCCAGGCCCACUUCCCAUGACGUUGAAGGCUCAGCGUCCCUCCGGCCUGAUGGGGAACAGACCUCUUCCCCCGGGCGCUCUGCCACGGUGCCCACAGCUGCUCUAACCCAGAGUAAGGAGUCUGGAUCCGGGCAGCUCCCACUUCCCUCAUCCUCACAGGAACCCCAUGUAAGGAAGAGCACCAAAUCCCCAUUUACCUCUUCAGCCGCAUCCUUUCAGCCCAAGCCUGCAAUCACCACAUCCUGUUUCCCAGAAGACAGAGAAGCCCCCAAAUGUUCUGUGUCUAGGAGGUCAGGAUUCAGCCUUUCACAGGUUCCAUCCGCUGGUUGGGUGUCCGGAGCUCCAGGGAUCCCUCGCCCACCCUUGCAGGGAGGGGUCCCCCUGGCAUGUGUUUGGGCACAGAGGUCGUGUGUUCUGUGCUCUGCUUUCUUUCACUCUCGAGGGUCUUUUAGAUGCUCAGGUGCGUGCCCCCUGCCCUGGGACUGCCCUCUUCCAGAGGGUCCACCUGUUCAUCUGACCUUCCGUAGCCCGACCUACAGUGUGUCUAUUCCAGGGGAUGUUUGGGGAGUGGGACUCUCCUUGCCUUCUUUUUAAUAAAGGCCAAGAGUUCAUU